CCGCGCCGGAGUUCGCGCACCGCGCAUGGACGCGCCAGGGGACCCCGAGGGCCCACGACCCCCAGGAGGUGAUGGCCCUGCAGCAAAUGCAAGAGAGACACCCAACCGGCUUUCGAAAGAACAGCUUUUUGUACUGAUAUCUGCAGCUUCCAUUAACUUCGGCUCUAUGAUGUGUUAUUCCAUCCUUGGACCCUUUUUCCCCAAAGAGGCUGAAAAGAAAGGAGCCAGCAAUACAGUUAUUGGUAUGAUCUUUGGAUGUUAUGCUUUGUUUGAACUCUUGGCCUCUUUGUUAUUUGGAAAAUAUCUUGUACAAAUUGGAGCAAAAUUUAUGUUUGUAGCAGGAAUGUUUGUCUCAGGAGGAGUUACAAUUCUCUUUGGUGUAUUGGACCAAGUCCCAGCAGGACCGGUAUUUAUCGCCAUGUGUUUUCUGGUGAGGAUAGGAGACGCGCUAAGCUUUGCUGCAGCAAUCACUGCGUCCUUUUCCAUCCUCGUCACAGCCUUCCCAAAUAAUGUGGCUACGGUAUUGGGAAGUCUUGAGAUUUUUUCUGGACUGGGAUUAGUGCUAGGGCCUCCUUUAGGUGGCUUCUUGUAUCAAUCCUUUGGCUAUGAGGUGCCUUUUAUUUUUCUUGGAUGCAUAAUUUUGCUGAUGGUACCACUGAACAUGUAUAUUUUACCUAAUUAUGAGGCUAAUCCAGGUGAACAUUCAUUCUGGAAACUCAUCAGUUUACCCAAGGUCACCCUCAUAGCCUUUGUCAUCAACUCACUCAGCGCCUGCUUUGGCUUCCUUGACCCCACUCUGUCUCUCUUCGUUUUGAAGAAGUUUAACUUACCAGCUGGAUAUGUGGGGCUGGUGUUCCUGGGGUUGGCGCUAUCCUACACCAUUUCUUCACCACUCUUUGGGCUACUAAGCGAUAAAAUGCCACAUCUACGGAAAUGGUUUCUGGUUUUGGGAAACUUAAUCACAGCAGGGUGCUACAUGCUGUUAGGACCUGUCCCGGUUUUGCACAUUCAAAGUCAGCUGUGGCUGCUGGUGCUGAUGCUAGUCGUCAAUGGCAUCUCUGCUGCAAUGAGCAUAAUUCCAACUUUCCCGGAGAUUCUCAGUUGUGCCUAUGAAAAUGGAUUUGAAGAAGGGUUAAGCACACUGGCGCUCGUGUCGGGUCUCUUUAGUGCAAUGUGGUCCAUUGGUGCUUUCCUAGGACCAACCCUGGGUGGACUUCUGUAUGAGAAAGUUGGUUUUGAAUGGGCAGCAGCUGUGCAAGGUCUCUGGGCUCUGACCACUGGACUAGCUAUGGGCUUGUUUUAUCUAUUGGAGUACUCAAGGAGAAGAAGAUCAAAAUUUCAAAAUAUCCUUGGUACAGAGGAGGAACAACGUGCUCUCUUGCCUGAUGAAAACCAGUCUUGAGAAUCUUGGAUUGAUACAAGGUUGGGAGAUGGAUGUUUCUGACCUUGAACAUAAAAGUUGGAAUGCUGGAAAAGUGUUCUUAAGUUUACACACAGAACUCCACGAAACCUCACCAGCAUCCUGGAUGUGUCCACAUACUUUUGGGUGGUCUGCAGUGGGCUGCAUGUACUAUUGUCCUGCAGAGUUGGCCUGCUGAACCAGCCAUAUUUGAAACAUCACAUAUGAAAAGAGUCGUUGAAAAUCAACAAAACUUUGUGUUUUUAGGUGAUCAAACUUGAGCUUGACCCUAGGUCUCCUGUUUACUUUUGCACUGAUUCUGUGAAUGUACCUUUGUAUAUUAUUAACAAGGAAAGAAAUUAUAUGCUUAAGGGAAAGAAUUGAUAUGCUUAAAGAUAAUAUAGGUGACUCAGUAUAUGUAGAACAAUUACUAUGAAAUCAGUUUUUAAAAGAUAUGCUUUAUUUUUGUCCUGAGAUGUUUGUUUUUGUUUAAAGGAAAAUUCCUUCCUACUAUGGCAAAACUGCAGCAUUCCAUGGCCCCCCGUGCUUCUAAAAUUUUGUGUGAAAGGUAGAAGAAUAGCGUUACUUGAGACUUCCAUUUUUUGCAACAUUCUUUCAAUUAUGAUCUGGAUUUCUAAAUAAUGCUUGGUAUAACAUUCAUUUCCCCUAAUCUCUGUUUCAGUUCUACCAUUAAAAAUACAUAUUUCUAGCAGAUGUAUUCAUUCCUAGAGCAGGUGAUUCCACAGGAAUGCCUGUAUGUCAGGGAAGGUGUCCUCUGACUUCAUGUAAAAUCCAUGCUACUGGUUGAAGACAGAAAAUCUUUUUUGUACAACUCUCAUUUCCAUGGUGUAUGAGCCACAUUUACCUUUUUCUAAAUAGAAGAAAUUGUUUUAUCUAGUUAGCUGUGCAAAAAUAUUUAUUAAAUGCCUUUUCUGAACUGACCCAGUGAUAGGUGCUAGAGAUUUCUCUGUGAUCAAGAUAAACACAAUCUCUGCCUUCAUCUAAUUUAUAUUUCAGGGGAAGGGACCAACAGUAGAUAAAUACCAGAAUCUCUAACUGUCUUACAGAGAUGCUAGGAAGGAAAACAACAUGGCGACGUGAGAGAGGAAAUAGCUGGAUGGAUUAGGUGUGUGGUCCUAAUUACGACACGGCUUCUCCUUGGAGUUGGGGCUUGUGAACAAAUCUGAAAGGGAAAGCAGACCACAGCAUGUGCAAAGAGGCUUGAUGUGGUCAAAAUGAGAUCGUGGCCUGCACAUUAGGUGUCUAGUGAAGAGAGGAGGUUGGGGAAGUGUGGACGGGCCAGCUUUUAGGUGGGGAUGCCAGAAUUUGGUUCAUAUUUCAGGAAGGUUGUUGUGUAGGCAUGUGGAUGUGAGUGGGGAUGCAGUUUAGCAGGGCUGGAGGGAGGUCUCUGGAAGCUUUGAGAGAGAUGUCAAUGGUUUGGAUCAGGGAUGUGGUGGCCGAGAUGGAGAGAAAAAUGAUGUGCUUGGAAGUGGAACCAACAAGACCUGCUCAUGUGGAAAGAGAAGGGGAGAGGAAUUUAGGAUGAUUCCCAGGUUUGGGCAUGACAGGUAUGGGUGGAUGGCAGUACCUCUUAGAGAAAUGGGGAGGAGUAGGAGCAAAACAGAUCCUAAAGGGGCAAAUUAACCCACAUUGUGGUGCCCUUUCACACCACCAAAACGAAAAAAAAAAUUAUCUGAAGGAUGACAAAAUCAAGAUUGAAGUACGACAGUUUGGGAAUGCUUUUUGGCAUUAAUUGCCAAAAUCGAAUAUUCAUAAAUUCCAUGAACUCUUCAUUCUCUCUUUCCCCCCAAGUCUCUUCACCAUGAGACCUCCAGAGGGUGGUCCAGUGCUCCGGGAGUACGGGGAAAGGGGGGAACACCGAUCUUCUGUUUCCCAGAGCAACGCCGGGAAGGAGUAUGACUCCGGCUAGCUGCGUUCCUAUGGGGUGCAGAACAGGUCCAGGCCUCGAUGGCCCUAGCCCCGCUUCAAGGCUUCAAUCGCCCUGGUCUCGCUUCAGUUCUUGCAGAGCGCGGGCACUUGGGGGCUCCGCCCAGUGGCCAAAGGUAUGUUGAGCUCCUGCAGUUCCCGAUGCUGCCGCGUGAGGCCGCUAUCUCACCUGCGGAUCUGCCAGCAUCCUUCAGCGGGGCCCAGAAGCUGGGCUCCCUUUUCCUCCACCGCGUGGGCGUCCGGGUGUACUCAGGGCCAACACAGAGAUUCCAAGCUUUCUGGUGAGAGAACUUUUGUUCCCAUUCCCAACAGGCUGUUGUCAAUAUAUGCCGCCACGGAUACCAGUGUAUUUAAAGACACUUUGUAUGAAACUAACCUUGCCUCUUCCACAUUUUAUGAUUUUAGUAUAAUCUUGCUCUGUCUGUAAAAAGCAAGUAGUAUUAAAAUAAAGGACAAAAAAGUU